AUGAAGCCUCGCUGCCAUGAUUAUGAGAGAUCUGCUUUAUUGCAAUUCAAGCAAAGCUUUAUCAUCCACAAAACCAGUAAUGGUUGUGAUCCAAAGGUUGAAUCUUGGAAACUUGUGGAUGGGGAAAGAUGUGAUUGCUGUUCAUGGGAUGGAGUGGAGUGUGAUGAGGAAACUAACCAUGUUAUUGGACUUCAUCUUGAGAAUAGUUGUCUCUAUGGAUCUCUCAACUCAAACAGCACCCUCUUCCACCUUGUUCAUCUCCAAAGCCUUAAUCUAGCCAACAAUAACUUCAACUUCUCUCAAAUACCAUACCAAAUAGGCCGCCUCUCAAGGCUAACUCAUCUUGACAUCUCCUAUUCAAUCCUUUCUGACCAAAUUCCACAACAAAUUUUUAAUCUAACCAAGUUGAUUUCCCUCAAACUUUCAAAUAAUUUUAACACCCAAAAGCUCCACAAACCUAAUUUUGAAGAUCUAGUUCAACACUUGACCAAUUUGAAAGUACUUCACCUCUCAUCCGUGGACAUUUCUUCAAGGCUACCUCAACUCUUGGCAAAUUAUUCAUCUUUACAAUCUCUCCAUCUCAGUGGUUGCAAACUGCAAGGUGAUUUUCCGGUUGGCAUUUUUCAGCUUCCAAAUCUCAAGAUACUUGAUCUAAGCCGUAACCAAGAUCUCAAAGGUUUUCUGCCCCCUUUCCAAUUGAAGAGUCUCCUGAAAUCAUUGAUCCUAUCUGCAACGAAUUUUGGUGGAGAGUUACAUUCCUCGCUCGGAAACCUUCCCUACUUGAAAAAACUCGACAUCUUCUAUUGCAAUUUCACAGGGCAGAUUCCAUACUCAUUUAGUAACCUUAGCAAGCUUGUUCAUCUUGACCUUUCAUUCAAUUACUUUAGCUUUCAUAGCCCAAGUAUUUCUUCAUUCUCUUGGGUUGGAAACCUGACCAAGCUCAAAGCUUUGGGACUUGCCGGUCUCAACUUGAAUGGUGAGAUCCCAUCUUGGCUCAUGAAUCUUUCUCAACUUUCUUUAGUAAAUUUGGGCUCCAACCAACUCACUGGUCCUAUCCCAUCUAGCCUUGCCAAUCUGAGUCAACUUGAAGUCAUAUAUUUCUGGAAUAAUCAAUUGUCUGGUCAAAUCCCCUUUGAAAUUUACAGUUUAAGCUCACUAUCUGAGUUAGUACUUUCAUCAAAUCAAUUGCAAGGCUCGAUACCAAGCAAUGUUUCUCAACUCAAAAGUCUCCAAGUUCUUGAACUUCAUUCAAACAACUUGGUUGGCUUAGUUGAGAUGAGAGAAUUCUUCCAACUCAAAAAGUUGACAAUAUUGACUCUAUCAUUUAAUAGCUUGACAUUGGUCACUGAAUUUAGCAUCAACCAUAGCAAUCUAUAUUUUGGAGUUUUAGGAUUAGCCUCCUGCAAUCUAACUUCCUUCCCCAGCUUCCUGGACAAUCAAGAUUUAUUGCUAUUUCUAGACCUCUCUUCCAACAAUAUACAGGGGAAAAUUCCUUCAUGGAUGUGUAGCAUAAGUGCAAAUUCCUUAGAUUAUUUGAACCUUUCUCAUAACCUCUUAACUGGAUUUGAAAAUGAUAUCUGUCUUACUCAGUGGACUAAAAUACGCACAUUAGACCUCAGGUCUAAUAGGCUGCAUGGAUCUUUGCCGCUUCCACCAUCAUCCACCUCUUCCUACCUAAUUUCAUACAAUAAUUUGGUAGGUGAACUUCCGGUUGAGCUAUGCAGUUUAAGUUCUCUUGAAACUUUGGAUUUGUCCUUCAACAAUUUGAGCGGUAGGCUUCCCCAUUGCUUGGGCAAUAUGAGCGAUUCGCUAUCAUUGUUGGAUCUAAGAAGAAACAACUUCAAUGGAAAUAUUCCUUCAGCAUGGAGAAGUGGAUGCAAAUUGAGAAUGAUUAGCAUCAGCUAUAACCAAUUACAAGGGCAAGUACCAAGAUCUUUAGCUAAGUGUUCAUCACUAGAGUUGAUUGAUUUUGGCAACAACCAUAUACUUGAUAGGUUCCCUUCCUGGUUGGGAAAUCUUAAAGACUUGAGAAUUCUCAUUUUGCGAUCUAAUGGCUUUUAUGAUGUGUUAGAAAAACCCAAAACAAAAGGAUUUUCAAACCUUCGAAUCAUCGAUUUAUCUCAUAACAGUUUCACUGGGAAGUUGCCAUCAAUGUACUUUGAAAUGUGGGACGCCAUGAAAGUUAUAAAUUCAAGCCACAUGACAUACAUGGGAGACAGUAUGCAGCCUAGCUGGUAUUACGUUUUCACAUAUUAUGGCCAAUAUGAUUACUCGAUGAUUUUGUAUAACAAGGGAUUGGAACUGGAAUAUAGAAAGAUCCCAGAUAUUUUAACUGCUAUUGAUUUCUCAUACAACAAAUUUGAAGGAGAGAUACCAGAUAUGAUUGGGAAUCUUCAAGGGCUUUAUUUGCUUAACCUUUCCAACAACUUGUUGAAUGGUCAUAUACCAUCAUCUUUACAAAAUUUGAAAGCUAUAGAAUGUUUGGACCUAUCAAGGAACAUGCUAUCAGGAAACAUACCUCCAGAGCUAACUAAGCUCACCUCCCUUUCUUCUUUCAAUGUUUCUUAUAAUCAGCUUGAAGGACCCAUUCCAAGAGGGAACCAAUUUAAUACAUUUGAGAGGAAUCAAUAUGAAGGAAAUUGGGGAUUAUGUGGAGCUCCUUUGGAAAAGAAAUGUGAGGAAUCGCCACCAGAGCCUCCAAAUUUUGUAGAAGAUGAUGAUACAGGUAUUGAAUUUAAGUUGGAAUGGAUGAUAGUUUUGAUGGGUUUUGGAAUUGGAUUCAUAAUUGGAGUGGGUGUUGGGCAUAAAGUCACCAGCAAAAAACAAAAUUGGUUUAUAAAGAGUUUUGGAAAGGAAGAAAGAACAAGGCAAAGGGGUAAAAACAGGAGAAAUAGAAAUUGA